AUGGCGCCCAGCAGAGGAAUAAUUGCCCACGCGAGGCACUACAACCCCAUCAACACCUUUCAAACACGUGCAUUCGCCACUUCCGCCCUCCAUCAAUCUGGCCACUCGCGAUGGAGCAAGAUCAAGCACGACAAAGCCAAAGUGGACGCGGGAAAGAACAAACAGCGAUCGAUCUUUGCCCACGAAAUUGCCACGGCCUCGAAACUGUUUGGCGCGGACCCGAAUGCCAACCCACGGCUUGCAGAUCUCAUCRCCAAAGCGAAGAAGGAAGGCUUCGCCAAGGCAUCGAUCGAGUCUGCGAUUGCCCGAGGACAGGGAAGAAGCACUACCGGUGCGGCAUUGGAAAGCUUGUCGAUAGAGGGAAUCUUACCGAACAAUGUAGCGGUCAUUGUGGAAUGCGAGACGGCCAGUAAGCUACGUACUCUGGCGGAAGUGAGGCUGGCGAUCAAAGAGCAUGGUGGCUCAACCACUCCUACGGGGUACUUGUUCACCAAAAAGGGCAAGAUUACGUUUGAAAGCAAAGAUGGAAUUGGUCCCGAUGAGGUGCUGGAGCCUGCUCUCGAAGCUGGAGCAAUCGAUGUUGAAGAGGAUGGAGAUGGCAGAGUCAUUGUCUUUGCGGAGCCUGGCGAUACAAGGGCUGUGGGCGAUGCCAUAUCAACCGCGCUGGACCUGCAGAUUGCGACCUCUGAGAUUCUAUGGGAAGCCAACGAAGACACGAAGGUCGAAGUACCGAAUGAGGAUGCUGCAGCGGAUCUGAGCAGCUUCAUCGAUCGCCUGCAGGAGAAGGAGUCCAGUUUGCAGUCUAUUGCCAUGAACAUCUCCAGAGGCAACCUGAGCGAGGAAAUCUGGAACGAUAUACAAGAGCGAAUAGCAUGA